UCUGAUGUCAGUCUUUGCACUGGUGGCGAUGAUUAAGUCAGAAGUCGGAGCAAAAUUACCACCAUUGCUAGCUUAUACUAAUUAAAAAAAGCUGAACGGUGUAUCCAGAAACGUUACCGGAGUUUUGUCACCAAAGAAACAGCGCUUUAUUAUCUGGACAAAGCCGUGACUUUUAUUUUCUCUUGCCGUUGUUGUGACGCUAACGUUAGCCUAGCCAGCUAGCACAACAUCUCCUCAACUAGCUAACCCGCCGCGUCCUGUCUGUUGUUGUGCUGCCGUGAUUUCGUCCCGACCAGCGGUAAAGCAGCCGGAGAGAAACCGGAGAAACAUGACGCAGAUCAGCGGUGUCCAGUCGUGGAGCCUGGGAGUAACGUUACAGUUGAUUUUAGCUGCUGCUCUGCACCAGGGUUUUGCUGCUGUUGCCCCACCCACAACUGCCCCAACUACUGCUCCACCGCACAAAGACCCUGGCAGACCUGAAAGGGGAAACUAUGUGGUCGCCAGUGCUAAUGGUACUGCCUGUUUGCUGGCAUCCAUGGGCCUCCAGCUCAACAUCACCUUCAGCUCUUUGUCCCAGAAUAAGACUGUGCAGGAUGUUGUGAACCUUCAGCCCAAUAUGACAAAGAGCUCUGGAUCAUGUGACUCAGACAGCGCCUCCCUGCGGCUCACAACGGAUGCAGAGAAAACCAACCUCACCUUAUCCUUUACCCUGAAUACUACCUCCAACAAGUACCACUUGAGUGAAGUGUUUCUGUCAGCAGCCUGGCCAGACAUGAAGGAUGCCGUCUCAGCCCGCAACAACAGUCUGGACUACCUGCAGGGCACCCUGGGAUACUCGUACAUGUGCCGAGAGCAGCAAACCCUGAAUGUGACCCAGAAUUUGUCCAUCAACACCUUCCAAGUGCAGGUGCAGCCCUUCGGUCUGACAGGAAAUCAGUUUGGAGCAGCUGAGGAAUGCCAGUUGGAUGAAGAUGACAUGUUGAUCCCCAUCAUUGUUGGAGCAGCUUUAGCGGGUCUUGUCCUGAUUGUGCUCUUGGCCUACCUGAUUGGCAGGAGGAGGAGCCAUGCUGGCUAUCAAACCAUCUGAGGCGGCUCUUCACUCUCAUGUCCCCCGGGGCCAGAGCGCGAUACCCAUGAUAUUAACCACUGUUUUACGAGACUUAACACUCUACCUUGUGCCCCUCUAUCCCUCCAUCCUUCAUCUGUCUCUGUGCUGUUCUUUGCCCUUACAAAUAACACUAGUCAUGAUCACUUUGUGAGGUCGAUUUGCGCUUUUCUGAACUCUUUCAUUGUUUGGAGAUUGUGGUGAAUGGGGGAAAAACUCUUUACAGGUACCAUGUAAAGCAGGGGAUGUUGAUCAGAGGGUCCAUGAUAGUCCUAAACUUGUAUUGUACUAUUUAUGAUUUCUGUGAAAGGAAUUUUGAGGGAUUGUGGGAUUUGAGGGAAUUGCUACUGUAGCUUUUCUUAUCUGUUUUUGGAUGACCAUUUUUAGUGGUCUCGCCCUAAAUGAGGUUUAUUAUUAUAAAGGGAAUAUUUCUGGCUGUUUAACUUAAUCUACUUCAUACAGUAAAGCUCUGACAUUUUUCAUUGCAACUCUACAUUUAGACCAGGUAUGCAGAUUUUAGGGAACAUAUUAAAAACACAGUAACCUAAUCCUGGAAAGGACACGUAGGAAGACUGCUUAGUUUUUGCAUUUACAUGUAGGAAUUUAUUUUUGUCCAUUGAGAUUAGUGAUGAAAUGCCAGUCUUUCCUUCUCAGAUGUACUUUACACAUUUUGUAUGGAGACUGUAGAUGCAGCUGUCAGCUUUGUAGGAUUGGAGGCAUUUUUAGGUUUUUUUGUUUUUCAUUUCACUUAAAGUAGUAGUUUAUCAUUAUGGGAAAUUAGCUCAUUUGCGUUCUUGCCAAGAAUUAGAUGAGAUCAACAUCACUGUUAUAUCUGCUAGAUAUCAUGCUACAGCAAGAAGAAGGUUUAACUUGGCUUAGUAUAAAGACUUGUACAAAAACUGAGGAGUAAAAUAGACGAGUUGUGGUUGUUGAUUCAAGCCAAGACUAUUUCUUGGCUGGGAGCUGCAACUUCUAGAGGAAACUCCAAGAAGUGAACAUGCCUGUCCAGGCUCAUAACCCACUGCAAAACCUCAACUUACCAGCUUUACCCUUUUGGUUUUUGUGCAGAUCAAACAAGAUAUAACAUGUUAAUUGUGAGCUUUAGAGGUGUGCUGGUAGGAGGAUUUUGUUACAUUUGGACAGAGCCAGGUUUGCUUUCUAUCCAUGCUUCCAGUUUUCAUGCUAAGCUAAACUAACCAUGUUUUGGCUGCAGCUUCAUAUUCACUGUACAGACUUAGAAAUGGCUUGGAUCAUCUCAUCUAACACUAAUCUAAAAAACAAGUAAGUAUAUUUCCCAUAAUGAUGAUAUACUCUAUACACUAUUUUGGAUUCUGCUGUUACAAAAAUAGACACAAGCCAGGAUUUGCUUAAACAAUCUAGUAAAAGUACUGUUGGCAUAUUGCAUGGAAAAGCUCAGGACACCACUGUUAGAACCUAAUAAUGUUGCUUUGGUAAAGUCCACUGGGUGGUUCUGUUUGUUUUUUUCCUGAAUUUGGGCCCACUUGGGAUUUUGGAUGCUGAAGGGAAAGAAGUUGCACUAAAGUCCUGAGGGACAGCCCCAUGUAAUGAUUAAAAUGGCCAAAAUGCUCUGGUCUGGUUCAUCAGUGCCUUCCCAGCUGUAACAUGGAUGGGAUUUAAGUAAAGCCAAUAUUCACAGAGGUACUCCCUCACUCACUGACACUGUGUGCUGCCAUGUAUGGGACAUUUUCAUUGUGUCUCACAUAGCCUUCAUGUACUGUUAUUACCAUUAAUAUGCAUUGUUUGAUGUAAUAGGAUAAAGUACAGUUAUUUAUGUUUUUUUAUGUUUGUUUUUUUCUCCCACAUCUAAAUAUCCAUGUAGUGAUUUAAUAAGGUUUUAAUGGUUUUGUUUGAACUGUUUUCUAAAGGAGAGGUCAAUAAAAGAGAGCGAACAAGA